CUUGCUCUGGACCUUGAUAAUUUUUUAUCUUGCAUUAAAAAGAGAGGUGGCAUUCUAAUUAAAAUUUCGUUUAUGUUAGAGUUUUAAUCAGUCAGAGUAGAUCGACAGUCUGUCAGAGAAGCAAAUAAUAUGCCCCGUCAAUUUUUAUCUCGCCUCGUAGUCUUUAUUCUUUUUGCAUCUUUCGGCGUAGAUGCUUCAAAAAUCCUGGCGAUCACUCCGCUGCCAUCACCUAGCCACGGAUUAUGGUACAGGAUUCUACUGGAAGCUUUGGCGGAAAAGGGACACCAGGUCACGGCGUUCAUGCCUUACGUUGGAAAAAAUAAAACUGGAAUCAGCUACUUUGAGAUCGAGGGAAUCUUCCCUGACGAAGGAGUUCUAGAAUUGACGAAUCUCGGCCCAAAAGGGCAUGUGGAAGCAAUUUGGGAAUAUGCCUUAGCAAUCGGUGCAUUGCAAAUCGAAUCGAGCGCCGCGAAAAAACUGCAGGAACUUUCUGAAAGCGAUGAGAAAUUCGAUUUGAUCAUAUUCGAGCUCUGCUAUGGAGAGCAUUUUGCUUCUCUCUUUCCGAGGUUUAAAGCGCCAAUUUUCGCUAUAAACGCUUACGCAGAUGGAUUCUGGAACUGGGACUUCCUCAACGUGAAUAAUCAACCCUCGGUUUACGUGCAGUCCGUUUUGUCAUACGUAUCACCAAUGAGUUUUUUCGAACGAGUAGCAAACUUUCUCACGCUUUACUACGACAAGUACCAUUAUGGACAGUAUUUGAAGAGGCAACAAGCUCAUGCUUACGCCAAAUUCGGAAAUGAUGUGGCGAAAAUCGAAGACGUAUUGUACAAUUUGGAGUUUAUGAUCAUUAACUCUGGCCCUCCAGGAGUUGAUCCAGGAAGGAUUUUACCUCCGAAUGUCAAGGAAGUAGGCUGUUUGCAAUGCAGACCCGUAAAUCCUGAAAAGCUUCAAAAGGAAGUACGAGAGUUCCUUGACGGUGCAAACGACGGCUUUAUUUUCUUCAGUCUGGGCACAAACGUCAAAAGUACAAUGCUGCCGCAAGAAGUGAUUGACGGAAUAUUAGAAGUUUUCGGCAAGCUGAAGCUUAAGGUUUUAUGGAAGUUCGAAAAUGAUGAUCUUCCGGGAAAACCGAAUAAUGUCAUGAUUAACAAGUGGCUUUCACAGCAGGAUGUCCUUGGCCAUAAAAACGCUCGCCUAUUUAUCACGCACGGCGGACGGUUAAGUGCACAAGAAGCCACCUACCACGGAACGCCAAUGUUGGCGAUACCCUUCAUGCUGGACCAGCACAAGAACGCAGAAACCGUCGUUAAAGCAGGAGUUGGUCUCAAGCUUGGGUUCUUACAAUUCACUAAAGAAAAAUUCGAGUGGAGCAUUCACGAAGUGUUGAAUAAUCCUCGGUACAAAGAAAGUGCGCAGAUCCGAUCCGCAAUCGCAAAAGACAGAAUCACCACACCACUAGAAGAGGCUGUAUUUUGGGUCGAGUAUAUGAUUCGACACAACGGCACCAAACACCUCCGACCCGCAGAACACCAUUUGAAUUGUUGCCAGCUCUAUUCGCUAGACGUGAUAGCGUUUUUACUUCUUACAAUUACUGCUCCAAUUGUUGUAUUGUUGAAGCUUCUGUGCAGGAAAAAACAACGGAAAAUUAAAAAUGAUUAAGAUAUACAUGCA